GCGCUUCCUGCAGCAGUCAGAGACAGGCGAGACUCCGGAGAGACCCAGCGCGCGCUCUCCUCCUCACUCUGCCCGGGAUCUGGAUCAACCUGCUCCUCACGAGCUUUCCUUUACUGCCCCGUGUGUCGGGAACAUCAGGACUAUAAACACGGACACACACACACACACACACCGCGCUGUGGAUUUGUGCGCCCGGACCGGCGUGGAGUUUUUGGUCUUUAUAAUUAAUUUUUCCUUUCCUAAAAGGAGUGAGGAUUUCCUCUUCAGACGCUUUCAGUGUUCCCGGAAUCUUCUGGAGGUGAAACCGUUGCACAAUGCUUUCAGACAGGUUCCGGUUGGUCCGGAUUCUCCUGGUUCUGGUUGUUCUGCCGGUUCUGAGUUCAGCCAACGAUGCUGCCUCCGCCCCCCGGGUCUACCUCCCUUUUAAAGAUCUAAGGUCCACGAACACUGCGCAUCAUUUCUCCUUCCUGUUAAACACAUCGGAUUAUCGCAUCCUGCGCAUGGACGAGGAUCAUGACCGCAUGUAUGUAGGGAGCAAAGACUUCAUCCUGUCGCUGGACCUCCACGAUAUCAACCACCAACCACUCAUUAUCCACUGGCCUGUCUCCUCACCAAGGAAGAUGGAGUGUGUGUUAAGCGGUAAAGACAUCAAUGGCGAGUGUGGUAACUUUGUGCGUCUGAUCGAGCCGUGGAACAGGACUCACCUGUACGUGUGCGGGACCGGAGCCUACAACCCGGUGUGCACCUACAUCAACCGCAGCCACAGAGCCAUGAUGCCCCUGCACCUUCAGAUGCCCCAGGCCAGGGGGAGGUCAAGUCGGGCAGCCGAGCUUGAGACUGUAACUGAUGAGAUGGGACUACAGGAGUACAUCUUCCGCUUGGAGCCAGGCAAUGAAGAUUCUGGGAAAGGAAAGUGUCCAUAUGACCCAAAGCUGAACAGUGUCUCUGCUUUGAUCAACGGAGAGCUGUAUGCAGGCGUGUACAUCGACUUCAUGGGAACAGACUCGGCUAUUUUCCGAACACUGGGGAAAAACACAGCCAUGCGCACGGACCAGUAUAACUCCAGAUGGCUGAAUGACCCCUCGUUUGUGCACGUGCACCUCAUCCCAGACAGUGCGGAGAAAAACGACGACAAGCUCUACUUCUUCUUUCGAGAGAAGUCUUUGGAGAUGGGCCAGAGUCCUAAAUCAGAGUCGCGCAUCGGACGCAUCUGCCUGAACGAUGAUGGUGGUCACUGCUGCCUGGUGAACAAGUGGAGCACGUUCCUCAAAGCUCGCCUCAUCUGCUCUGUCCCAGGGGCCGACGGGAUCGAGACGCACUUCGAUGAACUCAGAGAUGUGUACAUACAACCAACGCAGGACACCAAGAACCCGGUCAUCUAUGGGGUCUUCUCUGUCUCUGGCUCAGUGUUUAAAGGCUCUGCGGUUUGUGUGUACUCCAUGGCCGACGUUCGGAUGGUGUUUAAUGGUCCGUUCUCGCACAAGGAGGGUCCAAACUACCAGUGGGUGGCGUACACCGGAAAAAUCCCAUACCCACGACCAGGAACGUGUCCUGGAGGAACCUUCACUCCCAACAUGAAGUCCACCAAGGAUUACCCCGACGAGGUGAUCAACUUCAUGCGCAACCACCCCACCAUGUACAACUCGGUCUACCCUGUCCACAAGCGCCCUCUGGUGGUCAGGACCAACGUGGACUAUGAGUUCACCACCAUCGCUGUUGACCAGGUGACGGCGGCAGAUGGAAGCUACGAGGUUCUCUUCCUGGGAACAGACAGAGGGACGGUGCAGAAGGUGAUCGUUUUGCCCCGAGACGACCUGCAGACUGAGGAACUCCUCCUGGAGGAGGUGGAGGUGUUCAAGGUCCCGACUCCAAUUACGACCAUGAAGAUUUCCUCUAAAAGGCAACAGCUGUACGUGGCAUCGGUGGUGGGCGUGACUCAGCUCGCUCUGCACCGCUGUGAUGUGUACGGUGAAGCGUGCGCUGACUGCUGCCUGGCCCGAGACCCCUACUGCGCCUGGGACGGUAAAUCCUGCUCCCGCUACUCCGCCUCGCACAAGAGGCUGCCUUUCAGACGCAGUCGGAGACAGGAUGUUAAGUACGGGAAUCCGAUACGCCAGUGCCGUGGCUACAACUCCAACGUCAAUAAGAACACUCUGGAGACGGUGCAGUACGGUGUGGAGAGCAGCAGCACAUUUCUGGAGUGUCAGGCCAAAUCUCCACAUGCUGCUAUCAAAUGGCACUUCCACAAGGACAACAGUGACCGGAGGAGAGAGGUCCGUUCAGACGGACGUGUGCUGAAGGCCGAUCAGGGUUUGCUGCUGCGCUCUCUCCAGCUGUCUGACUCGGGUGUGUACGUCUGCACGGCUACGGAGAAGAACUUCAAGCACACGCUGAUGAAGCUGCAGCUGGUGGUGUUGUCGAGUCAGGCGGUGAACAGCGUGUUGGUGGAGAGCGGAUCUCGGCCCCAGACGAGCGCCUGGACGCCCAGCGCCGGUCAGUACAGAGAGCUCCUCAGCAUCCUGAGCCAGCCCGAGAUGGGCCUCAUCAACCAGUACUGCCAUGACUACUGGCAGCUGGGGGACACGCUGAGAGAGAGCGGCAGCGUCAAACCCAGCGAACUCAAUGAGCAGAAGAAACCACGCAACCGCCGACAUCACGGCCAAGAACACCAGGAUGAGGAGGAGACAUGAGGACCUCCUCACGCUGUCAGAGACUUGAUCACGAGUGCGAGGGGGGAAAAAUCCCAGCGUUUCCGAACUCUUUCCAGAACGAACAGAUGUGCCAGAUGUUAUAACGCGUAAAGAAUAUCAUACACAGUAUUUAUUGUAGGUUGUAAAUAGUAUAAUUCUGUGGAUUUCUUUGUACUUAAAUAGAAAAAGGAAAAAGAAAAGAAAGCUCUCUGUGUAUAGGGCAGAUAUUAUUGUUAUAUCAUUUUUAUUGUCAUUAACGAGGAACAAAAAAAAUCGAUGGGGCAUUUUCAUCUCGACUCGAGUGUUUGGACUUUGUAAAAAAAGAAAAAGAAAAAAAAAGAUCAUUAAAAAAAAACAAAGAGGCGGGACUGUGCUGUUUGCAGGAAGAUGAGAAGAAGAGACUUUAUUUCUGACAGACAGAGAGGAAAGACGUCGCUCCGAAGCCAGGUUCAUCAGCACAGCCUCCACACGGUCUUCCAUUAUUUCUGAGCUCAUGAUAUAUAUACAUAAUGUUUCUACAUGAUUGCACAAAGAAGAGCGGAGGAGCGGGGGAGGGGAUGAGUGUUGAUCUCACGGCAUGAUCGUGAUGCCACAGCCUCCAGACUGGACUUAAGGAUGGCAAUGAGGUGCGAUGGGUUUUGUAACGAUGCUUGAAACCACUGCAGACUCUGGGGAGCUUCACCGCUCAUGUUUACCACUUUUGUAAAGAAGAAAAGCACAAAGCGACUCGUUACGUCGCGUGACAGUGAAGCACACGUCGUUAUAAAAGGAUUAAAGACAGGAUACAAAACAAACCGCUGCUUAAACAUGAUGUUACGUACCGUAUUCUCCAGACUGCGAUAGCGCCGCUGCCACAUGUCGUUUUCCUUCCUGUGAUUACUGCAGGAUUUAUAAUUGUGCUUUAUUUCAGAACUUAAAUAAAUAAUAAUAAAAAAUAAUACACAGUUAGUAAAUAUCAGCAUGGAAGGUGCAGGGGGUCGUAUUUACCCUGUUCAUAAACCUGUCACAAUCCUACCUGUUUUCUGGCCCAUAAAAACUGCUCUUUAUCCCAAACGCCAGCUCCUGGGGUGGAUGUGUUUUCAGAGCAACUGGUGGAGCCUGUAGUUUGGAGGCAUUGUAAUCAGAGUUGUGCUUCACCUUGCACAGCCCAGAAGAUUACAAACCGCCGCUUUAAAGCUCGCUAGAGUGUGUAAGGUAGACGUUUCUGAGUGACUGAUAUUUCAGGGCAGGGUCUCAGACUUCAGCUCAGGACUGAAGCUAAAAACUAAACUGAAAGGACAAACGUGAUUUAGGCAGCAAGGAUUCAGCAGAAUGUUUAGUCUGGAAAAUACGGUACUCACCAGGAAGUUAGCUUCCACUGUCUGCAUGAAUAAUGUGUUUGUGUUUCUGUGAUUCAAAAAAUAUAUUUUUUUUUUCCCU